AUGACGAGGGAUAAUCUUCAAGCCCGACUGGCCGACUUCACAACUACUCACGGAAACCUUCCAGAGCCAUCCAUACCGCAGCUCCUGGAGGCAGAGCAACCAUUUCGAACUGCUUGGGCGGAGACAUCCGACAAGCUGGCACGGGCCGAUUGGGAGCUUCGAAGGAUGCAGAGGGCUGAGCGGGCAAGCAUCGAAAUGCUCAAAGUCAUAGAUUCACUGAUUCAACGGUUUGAGACCCAAAUUCACCAGGGUCAAAGUAGGAUACCUGAAGAUGUAGAUAGCACACAACCGUAA